AUGUUUUUUCGAAAUGAUAGAAACUUAUUUCAGUUCUUUUUGUUGGCACGUGCUAUCAGCUUUAAUAUCUUCACAGCAACGUUCCAUUCUAUCAAGAAAAUUGAAGAGCGUUUAAGAGGCGAACACUUUGAUAUUGCUAUUGUUGACGGAAUACCGUUGUGCCAAUAUUAUUUCUACGUUGCUAAAUUUCUUUCUAUUCCAACAAUCGCAGAGGGAAGUGUUAUAGAACAAUAUCUCUCCAAUACACCAUUUCAAACCAAUAUUUUACCCAGUCCUUUGUCAGGUUCAACGAAUCAAAUGUCUUUUAGCGGACGAUUAUUUAAUUUUUUUGCUCAGUGUUUUUCAAGAUUCCUGCUGUCUUACGUACUUCACCAACCGGACGUGAGUAUUUUAUCUCCAGAAUUAAACAAGUAUUCAGCUGAACAUUUAUAUAAAGAAUCUCUGUUAUUUAUAGAAAACGCAGAUCACAUCGUAGAUUAUCCUAAGGCUAUUUUUCCAAAUUAUAUCCAGGCAGGACCUCUUACGGCAUCUCCACCAAAACCAUUAACUCCAGAUUUGGAGAAAUUUAUGCAUAAAUCGGUGAAAGAGGUUGUUUAUAUCUCACUAGGAAGUGUCGUUGAGAGCCUUCCAGAAUAUAUAAUCAAAAAACUUGAGACAGUGGCUAAAGACCUAGAGAAAUUGAUUAUAUUUAAAAGUAAUUCUGAAUCGGAGAAUGGACAUAUCAAACAUGUUAAAUGGGUUCCUCAAAAUGAUAUCUUAGGUCAUAACAAAACUGUUUUGUUUCUUUCACAUUGUGGAAAAAAUAGUUUCUUGGAAUCUCUCUAUCACGGUGUUCCAAUUAUAUGUAUGCCAUUUAAUGUGGAUGCGUUUGGAAUUGCGAGUAAAGCCGAACAUUUUAAAAUUGGUGCUCAAUUUGAUAUCAGAACUUCUACGGUUGAGGAAAUAAGUGCUAUUGUCAAUUCUGUUCUUAAUAAUAGGAAUAUUAGAGAAAAUGUUCAGCGAGCAUCCACUAUAAUAAAAGAUCGACAUUUCACUCCAGCUCAAACCGCAUGCAAUGCCAUAGAACAUGUUUUUAAAUAUGGUAGUGAUCACAUGACAUCACCAAUGAAAGAUUUAUCAUUUUUAGCUUACAGUGGGGGUGAUGUUUGGAUGGUUGUGUUUGUCGCUUCAUCCUUUGUUUGUUGGCUUACAACCAAAUUGUUUUUGAAAUGUGUAAAGAUUUAUUAA